AUGGAUGGCAGGUGUAUUAUUUGUAGCAUCAGUCUCGACCGAGGCUCGGGAGGCGAGGACUUUUUCCUCGAGGAGGAGUGGUGGAAGCGUCACGUUCUCGAUUUCCCUGGAUGGCUUUGGAUAGACGCUAGAGAGCUGGAAAAUAGGUUUCUAACAAGGGGUAAGCAUUUUUGGUCCAAUCUGUAUCGACUCAUCAUCUAUGAUCCUAUCAUUCAGCGCCAUCGAGUGACGGGCGUUGGCCAUCACCCUGGGAUUAUCGGAGACCGCCUCCUCCCCCGGUGGUAUUACGCGGCUGCCCGAGAUAUAAACCAGGCGGUGAUUGGAAUCCCCGAGGAGACAGAUCCAGAGCUGAUCACCGUCGUGAAUUCUCGCCUGUCGUGGUGGUGGGCGGGGGAAGAACCCAAGCGAGACUGGCACACACUGGCUCUUGCCAUGCAUAUGCACUGUUGGACAAUGGCGCGGCGCAUCAUCGGCCCAAAGGUGGAAUCGGAGUAUCUUCGGCCUGCAACCGCGCUGGUUCUGCGCAAGGCUCGUGAGAGAGAAGUGGCGGCACGAAGGGCACGAGAGAUGGGUUGCCAGGAUCAAGAGGAGUGGCAAAGAUCCAGCACUACAUAUGAAGAGCCAUUGAAGAUUAUGAGUAUGAAGAAACUUAUUGAAGCUCACCACACUCGGUCAGCAAAUUCAACGCUGCCAUCCUCCACACAGUCCAUGCUGCCGUACGAGAUCAGAUGUAUCAUUCUUGACUAUCUGGACCAUCAAACCCUCCAUUCCCUACUGAGAGCAGUGAAUUGCCCAUUAGAUGACUCUUACUGGCGCUCCCGGAUGUCCUUCUACCUCAUCGGCAUGGAGGAGGUCGUGAAAGAGGCAGAGCAGCAACACCAGCUGAACUGGCAGGCGCUGUGUUUGGAAACAGAGCAGUUGGACGCAACUACAGAUGUGUUCAGGAUCCGACAUCGCGUAGUUGACAGCCUGACUGACAUCAAGGCCCAGCUAGACCGAGGGAUAUCCGUUUCCCUGCCCAACGUUCUCAACCACAUCCAGGACGAGAUGGUGGGCGAGUAUUGGGAAGGUUAUGCCGGCCACAUCCUGUGUGGCUUGUCCGGCACAAAACCAGCGAUGAUGCAGUGCCUUGUCAAUGCUGGGUUUCUGACUGAGGCCCAGUCUAUACUCUACCAGCAGUAUGCUAGUAAUCCAUCACCAAAGAACUUUGACUUGUUCAGUGAAACUUAA